GGUGUUGAACUUUAUUGAAGCAGAGGGCUGUGAAAAGGCAUCAGGAGCCACCAUGUCAAGUAAAAGCUUCCAGGGACUGAAGGAGCAGGCAGAAGGUGCAGCAAAAGAUGCUGCAAAUUCACUGGGACAGGCUACGCAGGAUGCAGUCAACCAGAUUACAGAUGCCAGCCAGAAAGCUAUUGAUAAGGCUUCCAAGACAGCACAGGAUGGUGUAGAAAAAGCAACUGGACAAGCUGCAGAAGCCAUGUCUGGCUUUGGGAAAAAAAUGUGGACUUAAGAAAUAAUGUUAAUUUAAGCAAACAGUAUUGCAUGUAAAUCAUCUUAGUUCUGCAACUCCCUACUCCUGUGUGUGGAAGAAUGAAAACUGUUGAGAUCUGGAUGACUACUCCUCCCCAAGUACAAAUUUAUAAUGCAGAAUGCUUCUCCUUAUCCUUCCUAUAGGAAAAUUACAUCUCUUAGCACAUCUUAUAACAUCUGUUCACAAUGUUCUGUUCAAAAUGGACCAUAAGGCUUCAGCAAUGUUAUUGCCCUGCUCUACAACAGUGCAAUAAUUAUUGCACAUUUGUUGAGUGUACUUACAAAAAUAGCAAAACUGUUAAUUUUCUGGGGCACCAGAAUAUUCACAUGAUGAAAUUAAGUUUCCUCUCAGUAAUCAAAAGUUAAGCUGGUGUUAUAUUUCAUGUCGGUUGUUCACAUCAUUCUAUUUUGCUGUAUUUUCAGAUUGAGAUAAAUAAAAAGUACUAUUAAGAUUUCCACCCCUCCGCCCCCUGGAAAUAUAUCACCUUGUAACGUACUCUUGCUGUGUCAUUAGGCUUUCAGUAAAGGAUCGCACAAUGUCCUGCCAAUCUCUUUGCUUUUGAUUUGAAGUCCAAAGAGGCCAGUGACCGUCCCGUAAGGUAGGUGCAAUGAGCAGCAGUCCCUGAGCACUGCUCACAAGUGUCCCAGCACACACGGCACAGCGGGUACCCGCUCUCAAGGUGUUGGUGCUUACAGGUGGCUGUGCUAGAGAGCAGAGUGGGCAAUCUGCUGGCCUGGGAGAUGGAAAUAUUUAUUUUAAAUUGCUGAUUGCUGAGCAAUCAGAGCCUGGCUGCAGCCUGACAGGAUGCCCACUUAGCCUUUCCUUUGUCAACAGAAGGCACUAUUACCCACUUAUUCACAGUAAGUGCUCUUACCUUUGCCUUUGGAUGUUUCUCAUUGCUAAGCAAUUUUGGCAAUAUUUGCC